GUCCCGAAAUAAUCGUCUGGAUGGACACGUCAGGCUCCGAUUAUCUUGCUUGGCAUGCCAUGUGGGUUCCUCAUUGGAUCCUAUAAAUACCCCCCCGGGCCACGUCAAAAAGGUAAUUGAAACUUACCCUAAGCUCCUUUUAUCUCCGCUCUAGAGGUAACCUCGAUUAUUGCUGACUUAAGCAUCGGAGUGUCUACCCCGAGGUCCACCUCGGGGCUUUGCAGGUCAUUUCGGAGUGCAGUUGCGGACUGAAGGAGGACUUCUGGUUCGUUGCAAUUACAUUGGCGCCGUCUGUGGGAAACGAACUGAAAGCUUUCUAGUUGCUCUUCCAUCAUGGUUCACACUCGAUCAGUCCGAGCUGGUAAUUCAUCUCUGCCUCUUGGGCAAGGUCAACCACCUACCAACCUUCCACCUCUGAUCCCACCUCAAAUCCCAACUCAACUUCCACCUCAGCUUCCACCUCAGGAGGUGGCCAGACACUGUUAUAUCACCUCGGUAACACAACCAACCAAGGGCAAAGAUAAGACACCCGAGGUCAUUCCCCAGCGAGUUCCUGAUAAUCAGCAGGUUAUGGGUGUAGAGAUCGUUGAUAAUCGACCGGAAGACGAAACCAGAGUUGCUCCGGUCGAAGAUGUUGAAGACGUGCUCGUUGAUGACAGAGAUCCGAGCCGAAAGACGGAGAUCGGAACUAGAUUGAACCCGGAGGAGAGAGCAGAACUGAUAGCUUUUCUCCGAGCUAACAAUGAUGUAUUUGCAUGGACUUCGGCAGAUAUGCCAGGAAUUCCAACUUCAGUAUGUCAACAUAAGCUCAGUACCAACCCAUUGAAGAAACCAGUGGCCCAGAAGCGAUGUCUCUUCUGGGGGGAGAGGCUUCAGGCUAUUAAAGAAGAGGUAGAGAAACUCCUACAAGCCAGCUUUGUCAGGAAAGUUGAUUACUGCGAAUGGGUGGCUAACCCAGUUCUGGUGAAGAAGGCAAACGGUAAAUGGCGAAUGUGUAUUGAUUACACAAAUCUUAACCACGCAUGCCCUAAGAAUUGCUAUCCGAUGCCGAGCAUUGACAAAUUAGUUGAAGCGGCUUCAAGCAAUGAGAGGUUAAGCCUCUUGGAUGCAUAUUCUGGGUAUCACCAGGUGCCGAUGGCUCCCGAAGAUGAAGAGAAAACCUCAUUCUAUGCUAGUGAUGAAAUUUAUUGCUAUGUCAUGAUGCCGUUUGGCUUAAAGAACGCCGGUGCUACUUAUCAGAAAAUGGUGACCAUCGUCUUCCGAGCUCAGAUCGGCAAGAAUUUGGAGGUGUAUGUGGAUGACAUUGUGGUAAAGAGUCUGAAGGCAGAAAACCAUCUAGCCGACCUCGAUGAAACCUUUAACAACCUCAGAAAGAACCAGAUGCGGUUAAACCCAGCCAAGUGCAUCUUCGGAGUGGAGUCUGGAAAGUUUUUAGUUCAUUCCCUUCUGUUAAUAAAUGUCACUUCACAUUUGAAGUGCUUUAUCUGCUUUUAAUUUGUUCGCAAUGCUGUACUUGUUCCUAAUUCAUACGAAGUGGCUUACUUCUUCUUAACUCGUCUGAAGUGAAUUACUUCUUCUUAAUUCUUCUUAAUUCGUCUCAAGUACUCUCAGUUCUUUCAUUCAUAAAACAUAACAAAAAUA